AUGGCCACCGCAUCCACGGAGGGCUUGCCCGAGGGUACCUCGGCCACGGGGAACCCCGCCGCACCGCCCACAGAUACCCCGGCGCCUGCACCGGAGACAAAAGCAAAGCCAGCAGCCAUUGAAGAUAAUGAUGAGGACUCGGACUUUGAUGAACUAGACGACGUGCUCGAUGAUUUCUCCAAACCCAAACCUGAACCAGCUCCUGUACAGCCUGCGCCAGUUCCAGCUGCGGCUUCAGCUCCAGACAACUCCACCGGUAUCGCACCACCAGACUUCGACGAAGAUGCCUUCCUCAAGCAACUGGAGCAAGAUAUGGCCAACAUGAUGGGGGGCGGCGCACCAGCCGCAGACCCCAACGUCCAAUCUACCGUUGACCAAGGCGCCGAAAUGUUCGCCAAACAGCUCGAAGACAGCGGGGUUCCACCUGGCGAUUUCCUGAAACAGUUGCUGGCCGAUGUCAUGGCUGAACAAAGCGGCUCGGGUGCGGCACCUGCGACAGCACCGAAACCGCAGCCCGAGUCGAGUGUCAGUGCGAAUGACCAGCCGGCUGAAUCUUUCAAUGAUGCCAUCAAGCGCACGAUGGGCCGGAUGAAAGAGAGUGGAGAUAAGGCCACUGCUGCCGCCGGCAAUGAAGAUGAUAUGUCAGAUGAUAUGAUUGCGCAACUACUCAAGGCCAUGGAAGCUGGGGCAGAUGGAGCCGGAGAGGACGGCGAUCUGUCAAAGAUGUUCAUGGGCAUGAUGGAGCAGCUCUCCAACAAGGAGAUGCUGUACGAGCCGAUGAAGGAGCUGGAUGUGAAAUUCGGGCCAUGGCUGGAGAAAAAUAAGACUGGCGGAAGCCUUCCCGCUGAAGACUUGGAGCGAUACCAAAAGCAAGCACAGAUCGUGAAGCAGAUCGUGACCAAAUUCGAGGAGAGAAGUUACUCGGAUGAUGAUCCCAAGUGCCGCGAAUAUGUGUGGGAGCGCAUGCAGGAAAUGCAAGCAGCUGGCAGUCCGCCUGAGGAGCUCGUUUCAAACCCGCUCAUGGGAGAUCUGGGAGGCGCGGCGGCUGGUAUGGGAAUGCCUGACUGUCCGCAACAGUAA